GAUGUGUGUUGAAAAAGAAUAAACCCAUGAGCCCGUAACCUCUUCUUCAUUCUCAUUUAAUAGUAUAUUUCAAUAUCCAUCUGUCUACUCUCUUCUCCAUUUUUAUUUGAAUUCUUAUUUCCAAAUCUCAAAAUUCUCUUUCUCUAAGUUGAUCUCAGAUUCACACCUCUGAAAUUCACUUUUCAAUUGCACUUCCAUUGCUUCCAAAACUCACAAAUUUUGCCAAAUCCUUAAUAUCAUAUCCUUUUACUCUCCAGUUCUUUUUGAACGAAUCCAGCUGUUGCUUUGCUCUGUCUCUGUUCAGAGAGCUGAAAUUUGAUUGACUUGGGUGGUUGACUCAGAGAGAAGAGCUGUAGAAGAGGUUAACUGGUCUUGUUCCAAAAAGGAUUCUGGGGCUAAAAUUUCUCACUUUUCUUUAUUGAUCUCGGCAACAAUUGAAGUUUUGAAAUAUUUAUCAUGCAAUUUGGUGACAUGAUUAGUAUGUGAAUCUGGAUGAAGUGAUUGAGCUGGAUAAGAUUUUAUAAUUUUUUAGGCUUUGGGACUAAUUAGUGUUUAAUUCCAAAUUUUGGUGUCGUGAUGGGCUGUGAGUGUUCAAAGCUCUCUGCCUGUUGUUGGACUUCUGAGAUUGAUGGAUCAGUUCCUGAGGGCCAAAAUGAGGAAAAUGAGGAGAGGAACGAAGUUGAUGAUUCACCCUCAUUCAUUGAAUACACCAUUGAGACACUCAAGAUGGCAACAUCUGGAUUUGCUGUGGAGAAUAUAGUUUCUGAACAUGGGGAAAAAGCUCCAAAUGUGGUUUACAAGGGUAAGCUUGAGAAUCAGAGGAGGAUUGCUGUAAAACGAUUUAAUAGAUCUGCUUGGCCUGAUGCCAGACAGUUUUUGGAAGAAGCAAGAGCUGUUGGUCAGCUUCGGAACCAUAGGCUGGCAAAUUUGCUUGGUUGUUGUUGUGAAGGGGAUGAGAGGCUACUUGUUGCAGAAUUUAUGCCCAAUGAUACAUUAGCAAAACACUUAUUUCAUUGGGAAACACAACCAAUGAAAUGGGCAAUGCGGCUUAGGGUGGCUUUACAUCUUGCGCAAGCUCUAGAAUAUUGUACUUGUAAAGGCCGUGCCCUGUAUCAUGAUCUGAAUGCCUAUAGAAUUGUUUUUGAUGAUGAGGGCAACCCUCGACUUUCAUGCUUCGGUCUUAUGAAGAACAGCAGGGAUGGAAAAAGUUAUAGUACAAACCUGGCAUUUACUCCUCCUGAGUAUCUGAGAACAGGGAGAGUAACACCAGAAAGCGUAAUGUAUAGCUUUGGUACCCUUUUGCUUGAUCUUCUCAGUGGAAAACAUAUUCCUCCCAGCCAUGCACUCGACUUGAUAAGGGACAGGAAUAUUCAGACGCUUACGGAUUCUUGCUUGGAAGGCCAAUUUACUAAUGAUGAUGGGACUGAAUUGGUGCGAUUAGCCUCUCGAUGUUUGCAGUAUGAGCCUCGUGAACGGCCAAAUCCAAAGUCAUUAGUUGCGGCUUUGAUUCCACUUCAGAAGGAUACCGAGGUUCCUUCUCAUGUAUUGAUGGGUAUCCCAGAUGGUACUGCACCUUUGCCUCUGUCACCCCUUGGUGAGGCGUGCUUAAGAAUGGAUUUGACUGCCAUACAUGAGGUCAUAGAAAAGAUUGGAUAUAAAGAUGAUGAGGGUGUGGCUACUGAGCUCUCAUUCCAGAUGUGGACCAAUCAGAUGCAGGAAACAUUAAAUUCAAAGAAAAAGGGUGAUGUUGCCUUCAGGCAUAAAGAAUUUAGAGCUGCCAUUGAAUGCUACUCUCAGUUCAUUGAGGUUGGAACCAUGGUUUCUCCAACUGUCUAUGCACGCCGAAGUCUAUCUUAUCUUAUGAGCGAAAUGCCACAGGAAGCUCUUAAUGAUGCACUGCAAGCCCAAGUAAUAUCCCCCAUUUGGCAUAUUGCAUCUUAUUUACAAGCAGCAGCUCUUUUUGCUUUGGGAAGGGAGAGCGAGGCACAAGCAGCUCUUAAAGAGGGCUCAAUGCAUGAAAAUAAAAAAACAACAAACUCUUGAUGAUAGAAAAUGAUGAAGCUCAAUAAAUCUUGAAUUGCUGUUCCUUGAGAUGACUACAAAGGGCAAACCCAAACUUAGUUUCCAGGCAGGAUGAUCAAGUGUUAUUAAGCCUCACAGCAAAUCUUGGACUAAUCUUCUGCAUGUGAUUGGAUUGCUUGUCAUCGUGGAGAAUUCUUUCCAAAAAAUUAUUGGAUGGGUUGGUUUUUGUCGGUUCGCUGGGUAUUUGCCAUAUUGGGACACUCGUAUGCACAUAUGAACAAUCUACCCUUGUUGCUGUUUGCUGACCUUUUCCAAUACACCAAUCUAGGGAAAUAAUUUAAGACAUUCAUGGGAUAGAUUUUACAUGUUUGUAGAGGAAUUCAUCUCUUGUUUAAAGUUGCAUUUAGAGGGUGAAUAGAAGAAGUCGUCCUUGCCAUCCUUGUAAUUUAUGUACAGUGCUAUUGGUUGUGGUUGUCAAGGUGAGGUGAAAUGGGGUUUUUAUUUUUUGGUAUGCUGUUCCGAAGUUUUUGAAUUCAUAUUAUUGCUUUCUAAUUGAGUCGUCUUAUUUUCGUUUCUA